AUGACAGAGGAGGAGGAUCCAUACGCACUUUCUUCUUCUGAAUCUGAAGACGAGGGACCAAAGAAACCGAUCAAGAUCGAAGGAAGAAGUGGCGAUUUGAAGCAGUUGGUGAGUGUUCUAGUAACUAAAGACAAAAUGGGAGCAGGAGUGUCUGGUGAACCAGUGUACUUGACUCGAUCAACAAUGCUCAUAAGCCAUACACCAAUGAGUCAUCCGCCAGCAGGGACUCAAUGCACAUUUCGACGACAAUCCACAGUGAUCACAGCGCCCGGCUCAUCAGGAAAUGGAGUAUCCGGGAGUGGGAUUUCAUCUCAACUGGCAUUUCCAAUUCAAUUAUAUCCAAAUAAUGUGUAUAAUAAUCAUGGAUACACUGCUCACGUGUCGGGAUUUGAGGCUCACCCCACUCCUCCAUCAUCUUCUCAUCAUCAUCAUCAUCCAAACCCACCACCACCUGUUCCAAACCGUCCAAGUGCACCUUCAGAAGAGACUCCGCCCCCUUAUUCGGCGAUUUAUCCUAGCUUGGCAAACCGAGUUAAUUAA